AUGGCUCAGGCAGUCAAAAUAAAGGACCGAACAUCGAUCAUAAGCUCCCCAAACAAGGCAUAUGAUUUCUUCAAACAUGAUCUUAAGGAUUUGCCCAGUGUUGCUCCUCAGCUGUUCAACAAUGCUAAGGUUGUCGAUGGAAAGGCGGGGCAGCUUGGGGGUACCAUACAGUACGAACUCUUCGUUUUCGGUGAGAAAAUAACUAUAAAGUUGAAGGCGGAGAAAAUAGAUGAUUCGACGAGGUCGAUAACCUUUGGAGCGGUGAAAGAAAAUAAGAAUGAGAAGAACACGGCCAUAAUGAUCAAGGUGACCGUCAACAAUGGCAACAUCACUUGGAGUCUACAGUUUGCGGAUUCUGAGGACGUGUCCGAGGAUGUUACUGCUGUAAUCAAGGGUGUAAUCGACCUCAUCAUCAGAGCACUUGAUAUCUACCUUCAGUUCUCUUGA